AUGUCGGUUCUGCGAGAUAAAGGUCUUCUAGAAGGACGAGAAGAGGAAACCUUGGAACUCGCGGACACUAUGGAGGACUCGUUCCAAGGUUCCAAGGUUGCCCCGGUGGAGGUCCGGGGGAAAGGGAUGUGCCCAGGUGUGCUCUUAUCUCCCGAGGUUUCUCUGAUUGGGCAACGAUCGACUAUCGUCCACGGGUAG